AUGAACUUCCAGGGUCUCCACCCCGAAGCGCCCGCGCCGUGCAGCUACCACCACAACUGCUACCGAUACGCCAAGCUCAACGACCUCUGCUUGAUCCACGCGCGCACACUCCACGUCGCUUCGCCGGCCUCGACCAAGUCUGCCAGCGAAACCGGCUCCGAGGCCACCAAGCCGACGCGCACGAACCGCCACCGCAAGUGCCAAGCGACCAACUGCACGGCCUUUGCGCGCCACGGCGGCUUUUGCACGCGCCACGGCGGCGGCCGGCGCUGCAAGAUCGACGGCUGCGAGACCGCGGCCCAAACCCGCGGCUUUUGCCGGCUCCACGGCGGCGGGUCGCGCUGUCGCGUCGCCAACUGCAACGACUUUGCGCGCGUGGGUGGUCUCUGCAUGCAGCACGUGCGCAUGGUCAACCGCGACGCGAUGCAGCAGUCGUAG